AUGAUUGUAACUUCCAAGAGCGUCACUUCGAAGCGCCGUCCUUCGAUCAAUAAAACAUUUUCAGAUGUUAACUUUGUCAACCAGGUACAAAUACCGUUCCAGGAAAAUUACAGGUCUCAUAAACAUUCAACUUCGUUCAAUGAGGUCAGAAGACUGCAAAAUCAGACGUGGAAAGAGCAAUUUGUCAAUCUAUUUCCCAAGGAUGUACAAGAGUAUUUACCGGAAGUGAAUGUUCACAUAUCUAUUUUAUGCCUUAUAUGGUAUAUGACUUCUUCUGUUUCAUCAAACCUGUCAAAAGCCAUUUUAUCCCGAUUUCCACAUCCUGUUGGUUUAACGGAAUUGCAGUUCCUUCUAAGCGCAUCGCUAUGUCUCGCGUUUGUAACGUUUGCUAACUAUUUGCAUGCACCACAGGUAUCUUCAUCAAAAUUGAAGAAUACAGUUCUAAACUUCCCGGAAGGAAUUCUACCCACUUAUUUGAAUGGAUCAUUUUCGAGAUGCAUAUUAAACACUUUCCUGGUACCAUCUAAAGUCAUAUGGUAUACAACUUUCCCAAUGGGUAUUUUCCAAUUUGUAGGGCAUAUUACCUCUCAUAAAUCCACAUCUUUGAUUCCAGUUUCCUUGGUGCAUUCUGUUAAAGCUUUAUCUCCAAUCGCGACCGUGUGCUAUUAUAGAUUCGCAAAAGGAAGACAAUAUAACAAUAUGACUUACUAUACCCUUAUUCCUUUGAUCCUUGGUGUUAUCAUUACGUGUUGGACAUCCCAAAACAAUAAAAGCAAACUUACGGAGACUGAUAAAACAACUUUCUCAAUGGGUCUAUCGUUUGCUUUUAUUUCUAUGGUGAUCUUUGUAUCACAAAACAUUUUUGCCAAAGGAAUUUUGACAGUUAAGUCAAAAGAUGUUCUACCCUGUAAGAACAAAUCACAACUGAAUCUAGUAGAGCUAAAGUCCCAGAAAGACUCACCGAUCCAGUUGGACAAAAUUACCAUUUUAUUCUAUUGCUCAUGUGUCGGUUUUAUUUUAACUUUCCCAAUCUUCGUAUCGAACGAAGUUUUUUCCAGCUCUACCUCAGUUUUCGCUGAUUUGUCGCCGAGCGUAAUGACACUAGUUCUAAUUCACGGGGUUGCUCAUUUCUUCCAAGCCAUGUUAGCAUUCCAACUAAUCGGUAUGCUAAGUCCCGUUACUUAUUCGAUUGCAAACAUCAUGAAACGGAUCGUGAUCAUCGGAGUAGCGUUCAUUUGGGAAUCGAAUUUGUCGAUCAAUCAACUAUUCGGAUUGAUUUUAACGAUCAGUGGAUUGUACGGAUAUGACAAGUGGGGGAACAAAAAAGUAAACUGUUCACUAUAG